AUGGUGUUCCGUGGCAGUUGCAUCGCGCUCGCAUACCUUCUAGCGGUAUCGUGUGCCGAAGCAGCGCGCUCUUCGGCAUCUAAUCCGGAACUGCGUGCGGAUGCCAUCAUGCCAAUUCGCACGCACUCACUCUUCGCGCCGUACGUCGACUCGACGCUCCAAAACAAUUAUUGGGACUAUGGUGGGGACGCUAUUAUCGAUACAAACCGAUAUGUCAUGCUGACACAGGAUCGUCGGAACGAGACAGGAUGGCUGUGGUCGCGCCUGCCGAUCGAGGCGAACGACUUCGAGAUCACGUCCGAAUUCGUGAUGAAGGGCAAGUCUACCACGACGGGUGGUGAUGGCUUUGCGAUGUGGCUCACUACGACUCGUGCACAGCCAGGUCCCGUGUUUGGCUCCAUGAAUCGAUGGAACGGUCUCGGCAUCAUAUUCGAUACGUUCCCCAAUCAGCCCCACCGUGGCUUUUUCCCUCGGAUCAGCGUGGUGGAGAAUGACGGCACAAAGACGUACAACACAGACAGCGAUGGCGAGAAGCAAGACCUGGCACAGUGUGCCAUGCAGCUGCGUCAUACGCCUGCUGAAACGCGUCUUCGUUUCACGUACGUCAAGGAUGUGUACAUGGAGCUGGCGAUCCAGAAUCAGGAGUGGAACCAGUGGAACAAGUGCUUUAGAAUUCCACCCGUCAAUCUGCCAGGGCCGCCAUACCUCGGAUUUUCAGCGUCCACCGGCGAGGUCACAGAUACCCACAGCAUAGUGUCUGUGUGGACAAACAAGAUUGUGUACAACUCACGCACGCCGGCUGAUCUGGAUAAAGAGCGCGAACAAGCAUUCGCUGACGACAAAAGCAGUCAUUGGUGGGCGAUUCAUCAGAAGAAAGAGGCGCGUCGGGCCCAUGAACAUGGCCUUAUUUCGUACAUGUUGAUCCGCUUCUUUAUCAGCCUCGCAUGGCUGAUCAAGUGGCUCGUGAUCUUGGCUCUAGUAGCAGUGGGAUCGUUCGUCGGCUACGAAGUGUACAAGCGCAAGGUUCAGUCGGCCUACAAGAACCGGCGUAUGAUGGCAUAG